AUGAUUCCGACUCCUUCGCUUGCGCCCCCGCCUCACGAGGAUGUCCCGAACCUUCUGGAGUUUAUCCAGGACCGACGUGCCGGGACAGAUGCCGGAGACCUUCCUGCCAAUGCGAACAAUGGGCUCUUUCGGCCGAGAGGCCCUCCAGGGCUAGGCUUGGAAGAUGGACUCCGAGGACAACAGGCUGCAACGAGUGCCUGGUUUCCACAAGUUCCUUCUUUUCCCGAGUUUCCUCAGAGGGACGCAAGAGCAGACAGCUACCAGGAGCUUUGGACGUGUCGGGUGUGUCAGAGCAGCGAUUGCAGAUGGGAUAGAAUGAGGGACAGUUGGUUCUGUGGACAGUGCGGCUCUAGUCAGCUGUAUGAUGCCUCGCAGCCAACCACAGAAGAGACCUCACAGGGCGUGUGGACGUACAUACCACAUGCCUCGCCUUCUUCUUCAGGUUCCUCUCCGAGGUCUUCCGCAUCCUCCGCUUCUACUUGGGCAAGGCCACGAGCACAGAGAGGAGUUCGACAUCGACCAGGGCCAGAGCCUCCUGAUCGCCAGCUAGGUGAGACGGCGGAGAGUGAAGCUCCAACCUUGGACCCGACAGUGACUCCGAGCGAGAACGGCUUGAGCGACCAAGGCGGCCGGCAACAAAGGCCGAACCGAAGACAGAGGCGAGCGGAACGACUUGGGAAAGGCGAUCGCCCCACUGCAAGAAGUGAGCCCGAACCGGACUCCACAACAAUACGCGAUCUCAGGAAGCUUCUCAAGGGCAAGAACGGCUCGGACCCCGGGUCGUGGGCAAGCGGCCUUGGCCCUGAGAAGGGCGUACGAUGGAGGGGAGGCACGCCUCCUGCCCCUCCUAAGUGGCAUUACAGCAAAGACGACUUGCGGGCCUUCAGCAAGUUCGAGCGUCGUGUGGGCAUCUGGCAAUUGCAAAUCAAGCCGUACAUGAGUGAAGCAGAGGCAGCUUUGACUUUGUACUGCAGCCUCUCCGGUGAACCCGAAGAGGAGCUGGAACACAUCGACAUCAACAAGAUCUAUGCUAAGGACGGCAUCAGCUUCUUGAUGGAACAGCUCAGGGGACCACUUCAAGCCAAGCAGAUUUACCUUAAGAGGAAGUAUCUUUCGGACUAUGAAACUAUUGGCCGGUUUCCUGGGGAGUCGCUUCGGAACUAUGUCAACCGAUACCAUCGGGCGGAAAAAGCUCUUCUCAGCAUUGGAAUAGAUGUCGGUCUGACCUACGACGCCGAGAGCAGGGGAUCGAGGCUACUUGAUCGGGCCAAGUUGUCCACCGAGCAGCAAAGGAUGGUGCUCGUGGGCACGAGUCAGAGCCUGAGCUUCGAUGAUGUUAAGAAUGCCCUCGUCCUGCAGUAUCCCGACCACAAGCCGCCACCGUUCCUUCAGGGCCAGGGCUACCGUGACCAAGGCCAGAGCGGAGGCUCAAGGCCACCGAAGGGAAACGGCAAAGGCAAGUUCUACGGGAAAGGCGGCGGCCAAGGCUCUUCUUCUUCCCCGACAACGGCGACUUCGAGUGGCAACGGCAACCCUUAUCGUAAGGCCUACGUUGCCGAUGUGAACGACCAGCACAACGAGGACGAUCAAGGCCAGCAGCUUGAUGCCAUUCCCGAGGAUGACAACGGCGAAGCAGAGGAGGCCUAUGACGAGGAGGAGCUGAUACCAGACAACGGCGACGAGGAGGCCAUCGACGACGAGACGGUGGAGUCAUUGAUGGAAGUGCUCACCGUGACCAGCCGCAAGCUUCAGGCGAUGACACAAGGUCGAAAGUAUCGUGGUGCCCCGAGGAAAUCCAUUGAGGAACGAAAGAAAACCUCAGCCUGUUCGGCUUGCGGACAGGUGGGACACUGGGCAGGAGAUCCAGAAUGCAGCGCGAGCGCCAAAGGCAAAGCCAGCGGCAAAGGGAAGCACCCAGCUUCCACAGACGGCGGCGACAAGAGAGCAGCUGCACAAAAAGUUUUCUCGGUGCGACAUGCCGGUGGUCACGAAGUGCUCUAUGAUUUCUCUGAGUUUGAAGCCGGUGACCCCUCGCAAGGCCUACGAGAUCCAGCGGGCCAGGUGCACAGGACAUUGGUGGUUUUCCAGUCAGCUGAGUGCACCUGCCUAACCAAUCUCAGUGAACUGCAGGGCUACUGUGUUGUGGAUACAGCGUGCCAGAGAUCGUGCAGUAGUCGGCAAUGGUGUGAUUCACAUGUGGAGCUGCUCAAAAGCUUCGGGUUGAGCGCAAAGUGCGCCCGGCGCCUUGAGGCAUUCCAGUUCGGCGCGGGGCCGCCGCAGCGGUCGGACUCCUGCAUGUACUUUCCUGUGGGUUUCGACGUGAGCCAACCUAUGCUAGCCAUGAGUGCAUCGAUUCUCGACAACAUAUCAAUCCCUUUUCUCGCAAGCCUCGCCGUGCUUAAGAAGAUGAGAGUUGUGUUGGAUUUGGCUCGCCAAAAGGCCUACAUCGGGCUGCUCGAUUGCACAGUCGACCUGCACCUCCUUCAAGGCCAUCUGUGCUUAAAGAUUUCCGAGUUUCCCGCAAGUGCCCCGCAGUUUGAUUGGAGUGAGCUGGAUUACCAUGAUUGCGAGUUCCUGUGCAGCACACAGAUCAUGCAGCAAGUCGGGGUCAUGCAAGAGAGUUCGUCUCGAGAUCAAGUGUUGAUGAGUUUUGUUAGUGAUGCUGGCAACUCCUCCAGUAUGGUUGAGCAACUGGAGAAGGAUGAUCCGGGCCGUCAGGCGGACAUUGGCCCUUGCUGUGGCACUGUCACAUCGGGCAUGCAAGCUGGGGGAAAGGGCCACGGUCGUGAACACAAUCCAGGACGCAAAGGCGAGCCGCUCAAAGCCGAAAAAGAAGCCACAGAUGCAGGUGCCCCCUCAGAAUUGCGCACAUCAGUCAAUGAAGAGGCACGGCAACGCCCAGGGGCGGUUCGCAACAUGCAACACAUGCCUCGCCCGCUGGAAGUGGGAAGACGAUGGACCAACCCCUGGGUGGCGCUUUCAUCCGUCUUCCAAGUCCUGUGUGCUGCCCUUGCCGUCGGCCCAGAGUGUGGUGGACGGCUCGUGGACCCCAGCAACAGCAUCCUCUUCAACGGCGCCACCGGGAUCAGCGGCGAAGACGCGACCUCGUCCGACUUCAGCAACUUCGGUGUCAGGGUACCAUGGGACACCGGCGAUGGAAACCGAGACGUUCCCCUUGACCGAGGACGAGGAGGACGAGGACUUCGAUUGGAGCGAGCUGUGAGCUCGCAGCAGCAGGCUGGGAUCAAGAAGGGCACGCAAAAGCGCAUGAUCAACAACAUUGAGAAGACCAUCCAGCUGCUGAACCGCGAGAUCAACGUGUACGAGGACCACGCCCAGGAGCCCAACAACAAAUUCGAAGCCGACUUCAUGGAGCUGUUUUGGCACCAUAAGUUCAAGAAGCCGGGGCUGGAGUGCAGUUUGGCCCAACGUGCCAACCACUACGGCCUCUCCUUUGUGGACUUUGGCAAUCUUGACAUGGGCAAACAACCACGUGACAUCUAUGAGGCUCUCCUCAGAGCCAAGCCACAGGUCAUCUUCGUGCACAACAUGCAACGACUUUGGAGAUACGGCAACAUCCUCAGCGAGACCAUCCUCAAAUGUUGCGAACACCAGGUGAAUUCAGGAGCAAGCUUCAUCAUCGACUUCGACAUGAACACCCACGAGGACCCCUACGGCAUCAUGGCGACCAUCAGCAACAUGCCCGAAACCAAGGAGGUGAUCUUUAAGGACGACCCGCAGGGCAUGGCGCACACGUUCGUGACGAACAGCAAGUGCCUUGCACGUGCAUCCAAGAAGGCACCUGGGACACAUGACGUUGCUGAUGCGGUCUUAGCCUCGAUCCAAGGCGAAGCCCGCAUGAAGUGUCCAUGGAGGUUUGAUGUUGAACCACACAAUGUGUGGUAUGCUCCACCCUUGGAUGAACCUGAGGCGUGGAUGUCCUUCAUUGAGUCCUUGGAAAAACGACUGGGGCGGAGCCGCUACUUCUACCUCUCUGAAGGUUCUAAAGAGAUGAAGCAGCUGAAGCAGCUGGUGCCAUGGGAGAUCACCCGUGCUCAGGUUUGUGCACAACCCAUGACCCGCAGACUUCCAAGCGAUAUCCCCUUUACCCAUAGAGGGGCAGCUCUGAUCCUCAACACGGGCAAGCUCCACGUCGAGAGCGAAGACAUGGGUGAAGUGCGGCAGCCAAAGCUGAAAUUCGAUACCCCCGUGCGGAUUGCCGUGCUGUUCUAUGGCAUGGCCGAGGACGACAAGCCCACCGAGAAGGACGGCAACAUCCCUGAUGUACAUGUACCCGGGCUUCGCACUGACAUCAGCUUUCCUGGAAUUCCGGAGACCAUCACCAAAGAGGUGAAAGCAGCAGUGGCUCGGUUGCAUUGUAAUGCCGGUCACCCGCCGAAGCAAGAGCUGAUCAGGCUGUUGGCCGCCCACGGGUCAAUAAACGCUGCUGUCCUCACUGCGCUGGAACACUUGAAGUGCGGCACUUGUGAAAGGGCACGGGCACCUCUGAAGCCUCGCCCUGCUGCGGUUCCUGAGUUCGUUGGCCAGUUUGCUGAGCAGUUGCAGGAGCAGCUGGACACGUGCCUGAGUGCGGCCAUUUGGGCCGUAAACACUAGCAUCCACACCAGAGGGAGGAAAACAGCGACCUCACGAGCCAAAAUCAACGAGCUGCUACCUGGAUCUAUGGUGGCAUACUGGCGGUGGAACUUAAAGGCACGUGGUCGCAAGCGAGGCGGCUACAUCCUAGGAAGGCUCGUGGUCAAGGACGACAAGAACGCGUGGGUGCAGAGCGGCGGUUCCUUGGUGCAGGUCACACACGAGCAACUGAGACCUGCGGUGGGCAUCGAAACAUGGGUGCCAAGCGCUGAAGAUGUACGUUUGCUGAAGGAAGGUGGCAAGCUCCUCCAGGCUGGCCUUUGGGAUGACGGACGUGUGAAGCAGGAGCUGAACAAGACGACGGUGAAGCCUACCAGCUACCAGCUCCUGGACGUGACGUUCCACAGCGUGCAGAACCACAGCCACUUGGAGAGGAACAAGCAGUCAGUUUACCUCCGGGGCCCUCGGCUCCACAACUUGCUGUACCACAACCAGACGCCUCUCCUCAGAACGUUCAAAUCUUUUCGCCUCGUUACCAUCAACAAAAUAUUUGGCAGAUGGGUGACGACGCCAGGCCGGGAAGGACGCGGUCGAGAUCGACAGGACGAGCCGCACCAACACCCCGGACACCACAACUACAACCUCCUACACCUCGACAACCUUCAACGCCAAAGGUACCUGCAACACCAAGGCGGCGUGCAUCGGCAAGGCUGGACCAAAUCCGUGACGGAGUUCCUGCUACGCCGAACCUGA